UUCUGUCAAUGUCUAAUUUGGAAUAACAUUUGCGUGUGCUAGUAUUUUCCAAAACCAAGGCAUGGAUAUAAAACCAGUUGUUUUCUUGCUUUUGCACCUAUUCUCAGGCCUUUCCGAAGGCUAUAAGAUGGCCCAGAUCUCCGAUGACAUGACUGGAGUGGUAUCGGACCUCCAGUGUUCUGGCGAUAUUAGUCCAACCGAACCCUCAGGUGGUCAGUCGUGCGGCAUCAAGACGGACGGCAAAUCGAAGGUGAGGGCCUCCAGCAUUGCCCUGAAGGCGGCCAAGGAGGCCAAGGACGCAUCCGAUGCCCAGUUGGAGGCGGGAGAGGCCGCGGCCCGCCAGGUGAAGCAGCAGCUGGCCGAGAAGGCCCAAGCUGCGGCCAAGGCGGCGGAAGCGGUUCUGGCCGGGAAGCAGCAGGUCGUGGAGCAACUGGAGUCGGAGGUGCGGGAGGGCGAACUGGUGGUGCAGGAGGAGAGCACCCUGCUGCAGACCACCCAAGCCACCUGUUCGGCUGCCGGACAAGCCGCCAAACAGGCCACGGACCAGCUGAAAACCAUCUCGCAGGCGCUGAAGAAUGCCCAGGAUAAAGCGGCCAACUCGGAGCAGGUGGCCAACGGAGCCCAACUGGAGCUGGCCGAGAAGCAGCAGCUGGUGGAUGCGGCCAAGAAGCGGGUGGAGCUGCUACUCCGCCAGUUGGAGGUGGCCAGGACGGACUUCAAGAGCACAAAGGCAGCGGCCGAAAAGGCAGCCUGUGCCGCCCAAGAAGCCAGACAAAGGGCCACUCGGGAGCGAAGGAGGGCGGAACUGAGGCACUUGAUACGCCUCAAGAGGGGACGAACCCACUGAGAUUGCUAGGGCCUUCAUUUUAUAUAUUUAUUCCAUUUAAGUUAACUAUCAGGCAUCGAUAGUACCCAUAUAAGUCAGGCAAAUAUUAAUUUUCUGUUUUGUACAGCUUAUAAUUAACUUUAUAUUUUAUAUAAUUGUACUUGGAGCAACUUAUUUGAAUAUUAUUAUUAUUAUAAUUAAAUAUCAAUGUACUAUCUGGUUCGGUGUAUUAUAAACAUUA